AUGGAAACGUUUAAGCGUCAAGUGACUAUCAUAGAUGAAUUAUGGGAUAAUGAACAAUCGAAUAGUAAUCGUCGAUUGUAUGAUGAACAAGAACGAGCAUUACAAAGAAAAAAUAUUGAAUUAAAUGAUCGUGUUAAAAAAUUCGAAAAACAACUAGAAGUAAUUAAACAAGAUCAACCGAAAGAUCAUACGAAAGAAUUAAUUAAACGAAGUUUAUCUAAACAAGCUAGUGAAUUUAAUAAAUUAUUAGCUAAAAAAGAUGAAGAAAUACAACAUUUAAAUGCACAAGUUAAACAAAUUUCAAAACCAACUUCUCUUGAAUCAGCUUUACGUCAAGCCAAUAUUGAAAAAUUACAUCUUGAAAAACGCCUUCUAUCAUCAAAUUCAUCGUUAAAUUCCACUACAACAACGAAUGCAAGUCCAACAACAACUUUAUCAACAAGUACAACUGAUGAUCCAACAUUGUUUCCAAGAACUAGUUCAUCAUCAACAACUUCUGUUGAUCCAACUUAUCAUCAAUCAUCACAAAAAGCAAAUGAAACGUUAAAAACAGAUACACAUCAUUUGACAUAUACCAAUGACGACAAUGCUACUAAACUAAACGUACAGCGUCAAAAAUUAAAUGACCUUCAAGAAUCUUAUAAACAUCUAGAAUUAAAAUAUAAACAAUUAUUAGAUAUUGAAGAACGUUAUAAAAAAGAAAAAUUAUCUUAUGAAUCUUCUUUACAAGAAAAUGAAAAAUUAAAAGAAAAAAUUCAUUCAUUAGAAAACGAUCAAUUAACUAAGAAAUCACCACAAAAUAAUCAUCAAGAUUUAGAAAAAGAACUGCAACUUAGCAUUAAAGAGCGUGAGACUAUUUCAACAUUAAAUACACAACUUCAUACUGACGUGACUAAUCUAACAAAUACGAAUGAACGAUUAACAGAUGAAUGUGAAAAUUUACGAAAAGCUUUAGCAGCUAAAUCUGAUGAAUAUGAACAAUUAAAAAUCAAAAAUGUGGAGCUUGAAUCAACUAUUAAAUCAUUACGAGAUACAAGCGAUUUAGAAAGACGAUUAAAUGAUGAAAAUGAAAUUAAUAAAAAAGAAUUAAAAAGAAAACAAGAUGAUCUUGAACAAUUUCAAAGAAUGCAUGAUACAACAAAACGAGAAAAUCAAGCAACAAUUCAUCAACUUCAAGAUAAAAUUCAUGAUCUUGAACGUAAAAUUCAAUUACAAUCUUUGAAACAUGAAGAAAUUCUUCUUCAAUUUGAAACAUUAAAAACUCGACGUGAUCGAACGUUACCAACAUCAAGUGGAAAUAUACUCUCUAUUCUUAAUAAUCCUAAUAUAUUACCAAAAAUGAUUCAUUCUCAAAUGUCAAAUCCAGAUGAUAGUGCACCGAUUAAAUCUCGUCAACGAUCAACAAAUUCAAAUGAUAAAUCAGCACAUAUUGUUAUUGCAAAAUAUUCUUAUGAUCCAUUAAAAGAUUCACCAAAUGAUCAUCCAGAAAUUGAAUUACCACUUAAAUCAGGAGAAUAUUAUCUUAUUUAUGGUGAUAUAGAUGAAGAUGGAUUCUAUGAUGGAAGAAAUUUAGACGGUCGUUAUGGUUUAAUACCAUCAAAUUUUAUUGAAUUAAUAACAAAUCCAUAUGAUUUACCUGAACAUAUAAAACAUGUUAUUCAAAAAUUAACUGGAAAAAAUAUUCCUGUUGAUGAACGAAUAACACGACAUCGUGAACAAACUCUUAGUCUUGAUUCAGAUGUUUUUACUAAUAAUUCUCCUCCUUCUAUUCCAACAGUUCGAAAACAAAUAAAUAGCAGUGCAUCUGAUAUGUCAGCUGAUGAUUUAUCUUAUGGAAAACAUGUUCCAUAUCCAACUAAUCUUCGUAUUGAAAAAUCUCUCAGUAAUAGUGUUAUGAUUGCAUGGAAUCCUCCAUCAACUAAUACACAAAUUCUUGGUUAUCAAGUAUUACUUGAUCAUUCACUAUAUACAACAAUUCGUGCUAAUGAACGUACACGUGCUUUACUUGAAAAUAUUAAUUUAAAUGAGAAAUCUCAUCGAAUUAGUAUUCGAACUAUAACUCAACAUGGUUUAUCACGUGAUCAAGAAUGUACAUUAUUAUUAACAAAUUCAAAAGAUUCAUCUUAUGUUCCAGCUGAUCUACGUGUUGAUCGAAUAACUCAAACAUCAGCUGUUGUUUCAUGGUGGCCAGCAUCAAAUGAUAUUUCACAUAAAUUAUAUGUUAAUGAUAUGGAAGUACAAACACUUAAACCUGGAAUUUAUCGAUUUAAAUUAUCAGGUUUAACACCUAAUACAAUGCAUAAAGUAAUGAUUAAAGCUAAACCAGCAGUACCAUUAACUCCACAACAACAAGUAGCUACAUCGGUUGAAUUUCGAACAACUUCAUUUGACGAAUCAAUUGAACCACCGAAACGUGUACAAGUUAUUGCUGGUCCACAGACAAAUACAAUACUAGUUUCAUGGGAACAAUCACCAUCAAUAAAUACAGCUCGUGGUUAUCGAAUAUUAAUUGAUGGACGACAAGUACAAGAUAUAACAAAUCCAUUAAAUGAUCAUACAGUAAUUAAUUUGAAUACAUUACAUCCGGGACGAUAUUUAACUAUUCGAACAUUGACUGACAAUGGUGGUGAAUCACAUGAUUCAACUUCUAUCGAUCUUGAUGAUGUUUUGAAAAAGUUGGAUAUGGAUAUAUCAUUAGUACGAAUAGCAUCUAUUUCAAAAGAAAUAGUUGUAUCAUUUCAAACAAUAACAGACAAUGAAAUAAUUAAAUCACCACUUCUUUCUCCUACUAUCAAAAAUCAUCGAAAGACAUCUCGUCGAUUUUCAUCAAUUACUCAAGAUUUACCAACACCGAAUAGUCCAUCACCUAUAUCAAAACCUAUAAUAACUGGAAAAGAUAUGAGUAAAUCUUUAACUCGAUCACCAUUAGAAUCACCUUCAAUGACAUCAUCAAUAAAUACAGAUACAAUACCAACUACUCAAUCUCCAGUUAAACUAUCUCCACAAGUUGAUUCAAAUCGAAUUCGUUCACCAAUAAAUGAAAAUCUUAAUAUUAAAAAAUCAAUAACACCCGAAGAACAACAUUCAUCACCAAUUAAAACUACACCACAAAAAUCAAAGAAUCCUUUCAUUAAUAAACUUAUUGGUCCACCACGAAUAUUUGUUGCUCUAUUCGAUUAUGAUCCACAUGCAAUGUCACCUAAUCAAGAUAGUGAAGAAGAAUUACCAUUUAAAAAAGGAGAAAUAAUUAAAAUUUAUGGUGAUCAAGAUGGAGAUGGAUUUUAUAUUGGUCAAACAGAUAAAGGUCGUACUGGUUAUGUUCCUAGUAAUAUGGUAUCAGAAAUUGAAUCUGAUGAUUCUGAAACUGAAUCUAGUGUGUCAUCUGCUGUAUCACCAAUAAAACGAACACCACCAGCACCAUUACCAUCACCUCCGAAACCAACUAAAAAGAAAAUGUUUGCACAAUUUGAUUAUAAUCCAAGUGAAAAUUCUCCAAAUGCAAAUCAUAAAGAUGAAUUAUCAUUUCGUAAGGGUGAUAUUAUAUAUGUAUAUGGAAAUAUUCGUGAUGAUGGAUUUUAUUCGGGUGAAUUAGAAAAUGGAAAAAAAGGUUUUGUACCAUCAAAUUAUCUUAAAGACAGCAUUCCCGUUGAGACGCCAAUAAAAAAAGAUAAUGAAAUAAGUGACAAUAAACAAAUACCAACAAACGUAAGUAAUGUAACUAAAGUACCCGCCGAAAAACCAAUUGAACCGACACCACCUACAGAAGCAUCCACACUUGGUUUUUUUGAUCGUAUAAAAAGUACUUUUUCAUGGAAUUCCGCUAAUCCAAGUUAA